GGGAUCGCCAGCCUGAGACCCACUGUCGUCUGAAGUGGACAACUUACCUCUUGCUACAGGUCUGUCUGGGCCCACAAGACACUGCAGGGGCAAACGGAACCCUGCCCCAGCUUAGGCACAGUACUGCAACCAUGAUGAAAGACAUAGAACUAUGGCAACAAGUGUUCCAGGAGCUGAUUCAAGAGGUGAAACCGUGGCACAAAUGGACCCUCACACUAGACAAGGACCUUCUCCCUGACGUUCUGAAGCCAGGAUGGACACAAUACCAGCAAAAGACCUUUGCCAGGUUCCACUGUCCCUCCUGCUCUCGAAGUUGGGCCUCUGGCCAAGUCAUGAUGGUCUUUCACAUGCGCUGGCGUGAGAAGAAGGGCAAGGGACAGGUGAAGAUGAGGGUGUUUGCUCAGAGAUGCAAUCAGUGCCCUGAGCCUCCGUUUGCAGCUCCAGAGUUUACUUGGGACAACAUCUCAAGGAUCUUAAACAACCUGCUCUUCCGAAUCCUGAAGAAGUGCUAUAAGGAAGGGUUUAAGCAAAUGGGUGAGAUUCCUUUGCUUGGGGACACCAACCUCGAAGGACCACAUGACAGCAACAACUGUGAGGCAUGUCUACAGGGCUUUUGCGUUCAGAAUGGCUUAGGUCCAGCCUCAAAACCACCAGCACCCCCAUUAUCUCCCACCUCCAAGCCAACUAGGGAGCCUAAGGUCACUGCCGUUUGCAGCAACAUUCCCUGCUCACAGCCCUCCUCUAAGGUGGAAAAGCCCCAAGCAGCAACAGUGAACCCCGAAGCCAGCAACCCUACCAAAGAUGACCCCAAGGUUAGCCACACCUCAAAA